AUGAGUUUCUUUUCUGAAGAGUCUAAUAAUUCAUUAACGAAUGAACAUGAAAAAACAAAAAGAAAAAGUUUUCAAAAUAAUUUUAAUUUUUCUUUUGAUGAAAAUUUUCAUAAAAAUAAAUAUGGAAUAGAAAAUUGUAAUGAAAAUGAACAUUUUUCUUUUGAUUUUGAAGACAUUGAACUGCAUAAGUUGAACAAUUUAAAAGAAAAAAAUCAUAAUAAAAGUGAAAAGAAAAGUAGUUUAUUGACACCUGAAAAAAUUAAUAAAGAAAAUGAUUUUAUAUCAAAUAAUAAUGCAGAAGAUAUAAUUAAAAGGGAAACCAAUUCAAAUUUUGAAGAAUUUGAUGAAAAUAAUGAUGAUUUUUUUAAAAUAGAUCAUGAGAAUUUUUUCAAUUACAAUUUUACUAACUCUUAUAAUACAGAAAAAAAAAAUGAAGGAUAUUCUAAAAGUAAUAAUCAGAAUAAAAUAUGUAAUUUAAUGAAUGAAGAAAAUGAUCUAAGUAUAUUAAAGGAUUUAUAUUCGAUAUCUAAAUAUAAAUAUGGAAAAAGUUAUGAAAACAACUUAAAUAAUGAUUAUUUAAAUAAAAAUAAUAUUAAUAAAUGUAUGCAUACUCCAAGUUAUAGUGAUCAUCCAGAGAGCAUUAAAGAUAACUUAACAUCAAACGUUAUAUUAUUACAAAAUUCUAAUAUUGAGCCAGUUCACUUGAAAAGUAGAUUAACUUGCUUUGAAAAAGAUGUAUUCGGUGAAUUUAAACCGACUGAAAAUUUAAGAAAAAAUGAAAUAAAAAUAGAAGAAAAAAAAAAUUUAUAUAAUACUGAAAUGGAAUAUAUAGAACCAGAAAAAUCAAAAAUUAAUGAUAUUGAGAUAAAAAAAUAUUCUUCAUUUUUAAAUCUUCAAAAAAAAAAAUUACAUGAAAAUAUAUAUAAAAUUACUGAUUAUGAUAUAUAUAGCAAUUCUGAAAGGAACGAUGAAUAUCAAAAUGAUUCAUUUUAUUUUAUUUGCCACACAGAAAAUGAAGAACAGAAGAGAGAAAAAUUAAAAGAAAAAUUCAAUAAUGAUAAUGGAUAUAAAGACAUGAACAUAUUAAAUUAUAAUUCUAAUAAAUAUUCUCAUUAUACUGACAUUAGUAUAAAUAAGGAAAAAGAAAACAAAGUUUCAUUUGAAAAUAAGGAAAUAUAUGAAGUAAAUGAUAUAAAAGAAAAAAGAAAAAAUGAAAUUCAUUUCGAAGGUAUUUUAUUUGAAAAUAGAAGUAUACAAAAGAAUAAAGAUAAAAAACAAUACGAGGACAUUUUAUUUAAAAAUGAGGCAAUAGGAAAAGUGAAAAAUAAAAUAAUAAAAGGUAACGAUGAAAAAAUAUUUGGAAAUAGUCCGUAUGAAAUUAAAGAAAUUGAAAAAAAAGAGAAGAAAAUAGAAAAAUGUAAAAAUAAAAAUUUUUCUGGAAGAUAUUUAUAUGAAAAAAAAAAAAUAGAGGAUGCAAUGGUGAAUAAUGAAAUAAAAAAAUGUAAGUCGUUCUUUGAAAAUAAAAAUGUAGAGAAAUUAAAAAGUGAAAUAGAAAGAAAUGAUGAAAAAAAGAUAUUUGAUAACUUUUUAUGUGAAAAUAAAGAAAUAAAAAAAAUAGAACAAAAAACAGAAAAAGAUAAUGUUAAUGAGUUGUUAAAAAAGAAUUGCGUUGAAAAUGAAAAAGUAUAUGUAGUAGAAAACAUAAUAGAAAAGGAAGAAGAUGAGAACAUAGUAGAAAAGGGAGAAGAUGAAAACAUAGUAGAAAAGGAAGAAGAUGAGAACAUAGUAGAAAAGGGAGAAGAUGAAAACAUAGUAGAAAAGGAAGAAGACGAGAACAUAGUAGAAAAGGAAGAAGACGAGAACAUAGUGGAAAAGGUAGAAGAUGAGUCCAUAGUAGAAAAGGGAGAAGAUGGGAGCAUAAUAGAAAAAGGGGAAGAUGAAAACAUAGUAGAAAAGGAAGAAGAUGAGAACAUAGUAGAAAAGGAAGAAGAUGAGAACAUAGUAGAAAAAGGAGAAGAUGGAAGCAUAGUAGAAAAAGGGGAAGAUGAGUCCAUAGUAGAAAAGGGAGAAGAUGAGUCCAUAGUAGAAAAGGGAGAAGAUGGGAGCAUAAUAGAAAAAAGGGAAGAUGAAAAUAUAGUAGAAAAGGUAGAAGAUGAAAACGCAUUUGAAAAUGAUUUAUUUGAAAAUAAAAAAAGAGAGAUAGAUAUUGAUAAUGAAUUUGAAAAGAAUUUUAAAAAAAAUGAAAAGACAUAUGAAAUAGAAAUCAAGUUAGAAAAUACAGAAGAUGAAAACAUCUUUAAAAAUGAUUUAUUUAAAAAUAAAUAUAUAGAAAAAGAUGAUAAAGAAAUAUUUGAAAAAAUAAUUUUUGAAAAUGAACAAACAUAUGAAAUAGAAAGUACAGUAGAAAAAAGUGAAAACAAAUACCAUGAAAAUGAAAUUAUAGAAAAAGAUAAUGAUAAAAAAUUGCUUGAAAAGAGUUUUACUGGAAAUGAAAAAAUAUAUGAAGUAGAGAACAUAAUAGAAAAGGGAAAAUAUAAAAAAAAUUUUGAAAAUGAUCUAUUUAAAGAUAAAAAAGUAAAAGAAUUUAAAUUUGAUAAAUUACAUAAAAUUAGAAAUAUAGAUGAAAUGGAAAAUAUUAUAGAAAAUAAUGAAGAUAUAAAACUAUUUAAAAGAAUUUUAUUUGAAAAUAAAGAAAUGAUGGGGAAAAUAAACAAAAAGUUUGAAAAAAAAAAAUUGCAUAAAAGUAUAAAAAAAAAAGAAUUUAAGAUUAAUAAAUUAUUUAAAAAUAAAAAAUUUAAGAAAAAAAUAAUAUGCAUGUCCAAUGUAAAAAACGCAUAUAAAUUCAUUAAUGAUAAUAAAAUGGAUUCAUCAUUAUUAUUUGGAUAUCUGAACCCUAAAAAAAAUACAAGAAUUGAUAAUAUUAGUUUAGAGAAUGUUAAAAAAAAAAAUUUAGAUGGUGGAUAUAUAGAAGUGAAUUUUACUAGCUUUUUAAAUCAUAGUGAAGAAAAUUUUAAAAAAAAUCAUGAAAUAUCUAAAAAUAGUAUUAAAGGCAAUUUAAGCACAAUUUUAAAGAAAAAAAAUGAAAUUAAUACUAAUGAAAAAAAAGAAUUACUAAAUAAGCAAAAUGCUUGUUCUGAUUAUAAAAAUAAUUUUAAUCUUGAUAAAAAACCUAAUUUAAGAAAAAAUAAAAAUAAGUUUAUUGAGAAUAUUCAAGAACACAAAUUAAUAGGAGAAUAUAAUGAAAUAGUUGAAGAAGUAAAAGUUUGUAAUAUUAUUACACAUGAAAAUUAUUUUAUGUCGGAUAAAAAAGAAUCUAAUUUCAAUAAAGAUAUAAUAAAAUCUAAAAUUAAUAUUUCAGAUAAAAUCAAAAAAAAAAAAAAAAAUUUUAAUAGAUUUCCUUUUUCUGUUGUAAAACAAUUUGAAUAUGGAUUAAAUAGUAUAAAAUAUAUAAAGGCUUUAAAAUGUUUACCACCUUUAGAAUUUCUGAAAUGCAAAGAACUAAGGCCAUAUCUACAUCUUUUUAACAUAGUUCUUAAAAUAGUGUACUUAAAUUGCAUGGAAGAAGACUAUAUGUAUAUUUUAAUGGGAGACGAAACUGGUUGCAUUUACUUAAAGCUAAAUAUAAAAUAUAAGGAAAUUUGUAAGAAAAACCAAACCGUUAUGCUAGUCAAUAGCUCUGUUGUAGUUGAAGACGGACAUAUAGUUUUAGAAAUUAAUGAAUAUAGUAACAUAUUCUUAUUAAAAUAUAAUAUUAUAAAAAAUGUUAACAUAAGCUUAAAUUUUUCUGAAAUGAAAUUUGUCACAUUAUCUUAA